AUGGAUAAGGCAAAGCAAGCUGUUUCUGGAUUCCUCAACAAAGAUGGAAAUCACGAUACUACUGUACACGAGGUAAGCACCCUUUUCAAAGUACCUUUCUAGUAUAUUUGUGAGCGUUUAUGCUGACUUGCCUCAGACCGUCAAUCCUGCCGUGACACACGAGAAUGUGACUAGGACUCAGCAUGAGAAUAAGACAACUGCUGUUGACCGCGAGAUACACCAAGACCAUUACCACACAUCAGUCCAACCUGUCAAGGACCGUGAAGUUCUUCCAGAGAAACAUACACAUCAAAUGGCUGGAGUCGAGCAUCGUGAAUUCAACCACGGCAAUGACGAACUUGUCAAGCAGCGUCUUCAGAGUGAAGCAGCACAAUUUAAAGACCAUCGAACCGUUGGUGAUGUUCAACACACUUCUUCCGCUAAGCCAACUUUGGUUGGAGAGCAUGUUCAUCACCACGUACAUGAAAAUAUUCAGCCCGUCGUGCAAAAGGAGACUAUACAACCAUCAGUUGUUCAUACCACAGUACCAGUUCACGAGGUUCACCAAAACGAGGCCAAGCAUCAUACUGCUUCCCAAUUGCCAGCCGUAAGCAUGCAUGAUUUCAAGAAUAAGGGAGGCCAUCUCGAGGGUCGCGCAGAGCGUAGUGAUGCCUUCGUUGGUGAACCCAAAUCUGUUGGAGGUACCAUGGGUGGACUUGGAGCACAUGGCACUACAUCUUUGACUGAGAAAGAUGGUCACCACGGCCAUCACCCCAUGCAUAGUUCAACCACGGGUACUGCUGGGACGGCCGGUCCUCAUAACUCAUCUAUAAUGAACAAGGUAGAUCCUCGGGUGGAUUCUGACAUGGACGGUUCUCGGGAUACGAAUCGUCUUGCUCAUGGUACUCCAACGCAUGGCACACAUGGCCACGAACAUGGCUCCAACACCGGAAGUAACUACACCACAGGAACUGGAACAUACAUGGGCAGUGGUUCUUCUGCCCCUCGAACUACUAAUACGGGAGUUAGCCGAGAUACCAGUAACACCACCAGUCACGGUACGCACGCUGAUACGAAAAAACCAUCUUUGUUGGACAGAAUCAACCCCAUGGUUGAUGCGGAUGGUGAUGGGAAGAAGGGUUUCAUGAAAUGA